AUGUUUCCUAGUCCCGAACAACCGAGCUUUCCGAUGAGGGUACUAUGGUCACCGCCGGCCAACCCCUCCUGCGGACAACCGCAGUCAAGAAUCCACAGCGUUCUCUUUCAGAACUAUUUGCGCCGUUUUGAGGGCCCAUUGAAAUGGUGGAUUGCGAGGCUGAGUUCUGGGCCCACCGAUGGCCUGGACGCGGAAGUUGAAGAAGACAAGUCGUCGCCUUCUCUGAUUGACAUGGCCCAGCAGCUCGACGCCGAUUUGAUGUCCUGGCAUCAAGAGAGUGCCUGGAGCGUGUUGAAAACGGCAAUUGCGGCGUUCGGGAGUCAGGGGAUUGAUCCAAGGUCCGCUAGGUGGGAGCCGAGAUACGGAUUCGAUAAUGGCUGUCGGCCAGAAUUCUGGGUCAGAGCCAAAGCAGCUAUCGAUAACAGCCCCGACAUCCUUUCCUUUCAGGUCAUCCUGGCGAACUUCAUACUUGGGAUGAUCCAUCGUCCGUCUUCAGGGCACGAUGAGAGUUUCGCCAGUGAGGCGCCGUCGGGAAUAGCAUUUCCACGUCAAGAUAGUCGGCAAGUUGGCAACAGAUUCAUUCGGCGGGGUAUCUCCGAUCUCUACCAGUUGAUCCGACAAUGCAGAGAUAGCUCAGCUGCUGGGUUUAUCAGCACCAACGCAGGUCAGCAAUAUCUGAGAUCAUUCUUCAGUCUCGGUCUGGUGCUGGACACGAUCUCAGCCGCAGUUGACGGUCGUCCAGUCCUCAUCCACGACGAAGACUGUGCAAUCAUUCUGGGUGAGAAGUCUGCGGAAGCAAACGUUGAACAGAAUUCUGGGCUAUGGCAGCUCUCCAACAUGCAAAUGAAGGAGGUCAAAGUGAUCAAAACACCAGAUGGGAGACAGACGAUAGAUUGCCAUUCCCGGUUGGGUGCUGAAGGCGCUCCAAUCACCACAUUGCUCUUCCGCAAAGUUGCGCAGCUUCAAGCUCUGCUCUUCCGACGACGACCAGAAUCCGAGCUUGAGACAUGUAUCCUCGAGGCUGUGGACGUGUACAACCACGGGAACAAGCGAUACGGGGGCCUCUCCUCCGAUCCGCUCAGCAUCUGCGAUUCCUCGUACACAAUAAAUCUGGGGAUUCGAUGGAACCUGGCCUGUCUCCUUCUGGCUGACGUGACAGAACGGAUUGAGCUUGUGAUGAAGCCAUUGACAUUGUCGGAAAAGCUCCGCGCGACUCUCUGGAACAUGAGAAUGAAAGCGGUCUGCAUCAUCUCGGGGCUUGCAAGACUAUCGACAUCGGCAUCCGAAGGGGAGCCAUCAACAAUGCUUAUCGGCGAGAAGAUCGCCAGCGCCUUUCUGGAUGACCCCUGGACCCAGGUCCUCGUCCGCGCUAUGCUGCAGGCCUCGAAGGUUUCCGAGGUUUGGCGGAAAGACGGCGAUGCCAUCAGAACUCCACAAACAACAGAUACGCUCUCGCCAAGCGAGCUCAGUUGUCUGGAUUGCGUCAAGCGGCUUGGGUCAUAG